AUGAAGCAUGUUGCCACAGCAUUGAACAUCCUGAAGGAACAUCAACUUUAUGCUAAAAGGAGCAAAUGCUCCUUUGCUCAGACAGAAGUGGAGUAUUUGGGCCACAUUAUCUCUGACCAGGGGGUAAUGGCUGACCCCAAGAAGGUAGAAGGGAUGAUGGGAUGGCCAAGGCCAACUACAGUUAAGCAACUAAAAGGGUUUCUAGGUUUGACAGGUUACUAUAGGAAGUUUGUGAAGGGCUAUGGCUCCAUAGCUAAGCCACUCACUGUGCUGCUUAAAAAAGAUGGAUUUCUAUGGAAUGAAGAAGCUGAGGAGGCUUUCCAGAGGCUGAAGUUAGCAAUGACCAACACCCUUGUGUUGGCACUGCCUGACUUCACCAAACCAUUUAUAGUUGAAACUGAUGCAUGCUAUGGAGGUGUGGGAGCUGUGCUGAUGCAGGACAGAAGACCUUUGGCAUAUCUGAGCUAG